AUGCGCGAUGGUUAUUCGCUGCAGAAAUUUGCCGGCGAGGGUCUACGGACUCUGGUGCUGGCGGAACGUCAGCUGAGCAAGGACUACUACAACGACUGGCGAUUGCGACAUCAGGAAGCUUCUCUGUCGAUGGAUUCGCGCGAACAGAAGCUGAAUGCCAUCUACGAGGAGAUUGAGAGCGACAUGGAUCUGCUGGGUGUGACAGCCAUCGAGGAUAAACUGCAGGAUGGUGUGCCCAAAUCGAUAUCCAAUCUGCAGAAUGCUGGCAUCAAGAUCUGGGUGCUAACUGGCGACAAACAGGAAACUGCCAUCAACAUUGGCUACUCCUGCCAGCUGCUAACGGACGAACUGGUGGAUGUCUUCAUUGUGGAUGGUAGCUCGGUGGAGGAGGUGGAGAAGCAACUGCGUCAAUUCAAGGAGUCCAUCAAGAUAUUCGAUCGCUUUCGGCCGGGCGGCAUCGAUAAUUAUAAUGGUGAGAGUGGCAUGGAUCCCUUGAGCGUGACGAUGACGCAGACAUCCGCCUUUAUGCAGGAUUCGAACGGUUCAAUUAUAUCACAGCCACCGCCAGCCAUAUCGGUGGUUACCUUUAGGUGGGAUGCGAAAAUUAAGGAUAAUAAGGGCGGACCGGACAGGUAGAGGGCACUCCAAAAGCAACUAUUUCCAAAGCUUCUCUCGAGCAAAACCAAAA